AUGAGUGAUCCCACCAACCCGAAUAUUAAGUCCAAAAAUACUCCGCAACGGGGCCUGUACCAGCGCGAGGACUUCCAAAAGGCCCCCCAAAGCAUGAAGAAUAAGCCAAAGAAAAGCUCUCCCGAAGGAGGCUGGUACUAUGCAUCCUCCAACGCCGGAAUGUCAAACACCCACCUCACAAACAGACAAUCCUUCUAUCGACACCGCAUCAUCCCCAGCCGUCUAGUCGACACGAUCAACCGUGACACCGGCACCGAAAUAUUCGGUCAACUUUUCUCUGCCCUCAUAGGCUUCGCCCCGAUUGGAAUCAACAAGAUCAAUCACCCAGCCGGCGAAGCAGCCGUUUCGCAAGUCGCCGGAGAACUCAAUCUGCGCUACUGCCUCUCCACGGCAGGAAAUACAUCAAUUGAAAAAGUCGCCGAGGCAAACGAGUCCGCUGUCAACUUUACAUGCCCCACGACGACGAACUAA